AUCAUCACAGCAACAUCACAACUCAUUCCCAUUGAGAAGCUUGGUUUGCCUGUCGGCCCAUCAAGGCAAUUUCGACGCGUAAAUGAUGCAUUUGUUGACAGCCUCAAAGAAGAAUUGUUAAAAAAAGAGCCAAGUGGAAGUCAUGGAUGUCUGUUCGUGGUUGCAAAGGGUGUAGAAAGCAAAGAAACAUUUGAUCCAGCUAAAAAGGAUGCAUAUGAGUACGAAGUUUUGGGGGGUACUCACCUGAUGCUAGCCACCAAGAAACUUCAUUCCCAGUACCCAGAAAACAAACAUUACCAAGGCAGAAUGGCAAGAAUCUACUGUGGCCUUACAGAUGAUCAGGCUGCUUACCUUGGUGCCAUGCAUCAAAGGUCGUCAUCAUUCUGUCAUGACAUUACAUACAGAGAAGAGGUACAUUUUGUAUUAAAAUUUUGGAUUUGAAAUUGAAUUCAGGCAUGCUUGAAGCAUACCACAUUGUUGUUGUCAUUAAAGAAAGUGAAUAUUAUUUGCUAGUCUGUCAAUGAAUAUGAAACACUGCAUAAUCAAUGAUGUUGCAUGUACAUGUACAGUGUAUGUAAUGGCCAGCCUGUUUGUUAAUAUAGAGCCCAGUUAAGGCAAUAUGAAGAAUUAAUAACUUUUAAUAUGCCCUUUCCCACUACUUUCCUUGUGUCAUCUAAUUUACAUUUUUUUUCUUCAUACAAAUUAAUUUAGGUAGAGAGAUGUAGAUCUCAACUAUAUGGAGAGCUUGAUGUACAGAGUGAACCUCCAAAGCCGCAACCAUCGUGGGAGAGAUGAGUGUUCUCGUAUUUUAUACAAAGAUGUAAGAAUUUAAUUCACUUAAGUAAUGCAAGUUGAGUUUUUAAAAGAAAUUGCUGAAAGGAGUGGUAACAGAAUUACAGUCGUGACAUUUUCCUACAUGGAAACAGAGAACCAUUAAUUUUUUGGUUAUUGCCUAACACAUAGUCACUUGAUUACAGUUGAAUGGUGUUCAAGUUUUAUUUGAAGUACUUUUGUCCCCUUCCUUGACCAAAGACAGUUAUAUUGUUCUGACAUGUAGUUACAUGCACCUAGCCAAUCUCCGAGGUCAUCUAUCUUUUUCUAUCGUGUACUUUGCUAUGUCACCAUUAUCAGCAGCUCACAUUAAGAAAUUCUGUCUUACAGAAAAGAAUUUUGUGUGAGGUCUUCACUAUGGCACAAGUAUCCUCAAGUACUUGGGCGCUUUCAUGGAGGUAAACAGGCUGUACGAGAUUGGGAAGCUCAAAGGGCAGAAGUUUUCUCCUGGCGAUGUCGUCAAAGGGACAUUAGCAAUUAAACAGUGGCAUAUGAAGCCAUUAGUCAGCCUUCCUGAUGAAACAAAACUA